AUGGAGAAUUUCAAUAUAUCGGAUGUCGCACCUCAAUCUCCUGGAGAUAUAUUGGUUGGUGAUGGUGUUCAGCACAACUGGAAACAAUACCGGGAGGUAUUUGGGUAUCCUGGCCAGUUGGGCAUCCAUGAUGUGGUUGAUGGUUUUGUCGAGGACUCCAUUGAAAGAACGACAUUUAAAACCCCGGUGCUUGGUGCUGACCCCAUGGAUGUCUUGAUUACCCCACUCCCAUCAGAAGAGCCUAAUAAGCCUGAUACACAUCAAGGAAAUCCCAUUUAUGACACUGCCAACAAAGAUUCCCUUGGUUUUAAUACCCCUUCUGCUCUCGAGGGUAACGAAUACAAUCCAUCUUGCUCCAAGGUUAAGCACAUUGAUUAUGAUCCCAGUUUCGAUAAAAGUGACAACCUAACUGCCAUCAAAUCUCCAAUGGCUGCUGACAUUAUUCAAUCUCCUACAACGAAGCUUCAAAAACAAUUUGAGCCUUUGGUAUUUGCUGAAGAUGUCCCAAUAAAGGAAACAUUGGUUAGUGUUAUUGCAUCUCAGGAAAUUAUUGAUACACCUAUGCAACCAAUCUCUGAAGAUAAUCCACUGCAGGACCACGUAAAGAUUGUUCAUACCCCUGAUACAGUAAUUUCUCAAGCAAAUUUGAAUAUGGCAUUGGUAUUGGUGGGGGAUCCUAUUUUUGAUACCACAUCCAAAUCAGAGAUAAGCAACCAAUCAUCCCCAACUGAGGGUAAAAUCUUCUUAAGGGAAAACAUUGAUGGACAAAACAUUGUGGAUAAUCAGGACAAAGAAGAUUCCAUUGAUAAUAACUCGCAACUGUCUAACACAUCAGACCCUAUAGAAGAGGAUUUAGUUGAUGUUUCAGAUUCAUCACCAGCACAAGCGAGAGAAAAACCUAUUCUUUCGGAACCUGAGUCUAUUCUUGUAGCUGAGUUUUUAUCAAAACCAAAAAUGGAGGCAUACCAACUUUUACCACUCCUAAAAAAGACAGAUUAUGCCCAUUUUUUGGAUACCCUUUCAUCAGCUCCUAAUACGGAACAUGUUACGGAUUCUGGAUUCCUAUUUCCCAACUCAUUCCUCCUCAAGCUUGCAAAACCUCAAAAUUGGGUUUCAACUCUGCACAUGGAGGUUUUAGUGGAGUUACUUUCUAGUAGGCUUGCAACAAGACUUGCCACACAGCGUGCUGCUUUUGUUGAACCAUGGUUUGCUAACCAUUUACAAGGAAAAUACAAAUCUUUCAAAGCAGCAAAAAUCAAAUCUCGCGUCCGCUGGUCCGAUCCCAUGAAAUGCUUUAUUGUUGGCCCCACCACCGAGUGGUUCACAGACAUUGAUACCAUUUACGUACCUAUGAUCUGGAAUUCUUCCCACUGGGUAGGCCUUUCAAUCAAUCUAGGAGUCUGGGAAGUUGAAAUUCUCGACCCAAAUACUGACCUCAAUUCGGAGGAAAAAGUUAAAGAAUUUAUCGAGCCUGUUGUUACCCUUUUGCCACACCUCAUCCAGAGGUACUGUAAGCCCGCAUGUUCCCAGAACCAUGGACUAAAACCUUUCCUGUGGAGGCGAAUACAUGGUGUAUACAAGAAUGUUAGAUCUGGUGACUGUGGCCCGGUUGCUAUGAAAUUUCUUGAGAUAAUGGCAAGCGAUAAACUCCCAGAUCAAAUGGAGAAAAUCACUGACAAACACGUUGACUCUUUCAGGCGUCAAUAUGCAAUGGAUAUUUAUGAGCAUCUUGUCUGUCCUGUUUAUGCAUCUGACUUUGCUGCCUAGUGUCUACAUGUUUCCCAAGUUUCUGUUUGUAAUCGUAACCAUCAUUUCCCUUCUUUCCUACUAUAUUCCUGUGGAUACUGGCGCCUACUCUGUUUUUCUUUAUUAUGUACUCUGUACCCAAACUAUUAUUUUCUCUGUAAU